UCGAAAUACCUACAUAUAUUCGAGCAAGGCGAAUGCUUUGAUUCAUAGUGUUAUUUCGAAAAGAGUCGCGCCUUGUAAUAACAUGGAUAUAUUGGAUUCUCAACAAGAGAAAGAUGGGAUGGAAUUGAUAAUAGAGCCUGGAUAUACAUGGGACGAAUUGCGUGAAAACAUUGCAAAUAGUUGUCUUAAAAAGAAGUGUGACUUUCUUUUGCAAGAUGACCUUAAAAUCGAAGACCGGUAUAAAAAAAUACUGGAUUUACUGAACGCCGAACUGAAUUUGGACGAGAUUACGUCCCUUUUCGUAAUAGCGGGAACAUUAUACUUCAUUGAAGCUAGGCCAGAGAACAUGGAGUGGCGAACCCUUCUCUUACAGAAAACAUUCAACUAUACAGACACACUGAGCCCGAUGCAUCUCCAUUUAGCUACUAAACGGCUUUGGACAAACUUAAAAAAAAAAGAUACUGAUGUGUUCAAUAUACUUGAACUGUGUAACCAAAUGGUUAUCAUAAGUGAAACAGCAAGAGCUAUAUCUAUAUGUCUUAUGUGGACUAUAUUAUCUGAAAUAACAGAAACCCCUAGUGAAAUGUACUGCUUUCGACAGUUCUCCAAAUUGCUAGAAAUGCUAAAUAAUAUCGAUAGUGAAACAUUGCAAGAGGAAGAAAAUACGAAAAUUGUAUAUAUAUUAGUACGUGUAUUAAGUUAUCUCAUCAAUGUUACACUUUGUGACGCCCAAAAUGAGGAUAUAAUUAAGGCCGGUUAUCGAAUGUACUUCAAAUACACUUCACCAUUUUUAAAGAAGCUGCACGAAUGGUGCGAGAACUUUAAAAAGACUAUAGACUCAUGCCCAAAGCCAAAGCAAAAUCAAACAGAUUGGGAUCUCCGUAUGAUGAUUACAGAACACAUCAGUUUUAACAUCAUUAAUGUUCUACAAGACCGAAUAGAGCAUAUGAGUGCACCAGAUUAUUCCUAGUACAAAUCCUAAGUAUGAAAUAAAGAAAAUCUACAAAAAUUACAAAUUCUUUUAGAUAUUUUUCAUUAAAAAUGGCAUGGAUUCAAAAUUUAAUCAAGAAAUCCAUGUAAAUGAAAUAAAAGAAAAAUUAUUUUUGUUGUAAUUGUAAGAACCUCAAAAUUUGAAGGUAUGCUCCUCAAAUAACAGCCCCUGGACGGAUACAAAUCCUGGUUGUUCCGGUAACGUGGGGCCCAACAAAAUAAAAAUAGGCAAUUUGCCCCUA